UUUUAUGUAUGUGACAAACAAAAAAAAAACACAGUUUCUAACAGAUAUUUUUUUCCCACCUGAGAUGUUUGUGAGUUUGACCCGACAAUCUAAAUCACCGGAUCCAUCUGAAACGGAGCCUCCCUACUUCGCUAUUCCGUGUGGUGUGGAGAUUGUUUAACUUUUAGGAUGGAGAAUAGAUGUCCAAUAUACGGACCACUGACAGAGGAGUUAACUUUUCUUGAAGGCUCAGCUCCCUUCAAUAAUUGUCAUGCUUCUACCAUUGUCGAGUUUGAUAAGGACCACUUUUUGGUUGCCUAUUUUGGGGGUACAUCAGAGGGGGCACCCGAUGUCAAGAUAUGGUUGCAGACUUGCAAAAAUGGAAGAUGGGAAUCACCUGUAAUUGCUGAUGAACAACCAAAUGUUCCUAUGUGGAAUCCUGUACUAUUCAAACUUCCAUCAGAUGAGCUACUUCUAUUUUACAAGAUAGGCCAAGAAGUUCAAAAAUGGAGUGGAUUCGUCAAACGCUCCUAUGAUAAAGGAAAUACUUGGACAGAAAGAGAGCAACUUCCUCCUGGUAUAUUAGGACCUAUAAAGAAUAAGCCCAUUUUGUUAGAAAAUGGCCAUUUAAUUUGCGGAUCGUCUGUUGAAAGCUGGAACUCUUGGGGUGCCUGGGUUGAGGUCACGUCAGAUUUUGGCAGGUCAUGGAGCAAGCAUGGCCCGAUUUACAUCGAAAAUGAACCUCUAAGUGUGAUUCAACCAGUACCUUAUCAGACUGCAGACGGGAAACUACGUGUCUUACUACGAUCCUUUGAUGGCAUUGGUAGAGUAUGUAUUUCAGAAUCAUCAGAUGGUGGCCAGACUUGGGGACAUGCGAAACCUACUCAGCUUCCUAACCCAAAUUCAGGUAUUGAUGGGGUUAAGCUUCGAGAUGGCCGUAUAUUGCUUGUUUAUAAUACUACAUCGAGGGGCAUACUUAAAGUUGCACUUUCUAAUGAUGAUGGUGAUUCUUGGUAUGAGGCUCUCACAUUGGAGGAUUCUUCUGGAAUGGAAUUCUCCUAUCCUGCUGUUAUCCAAGCUAGUGAUGGGCUAAUACAUAUCACCUAUACAUAUAAAAGGACACAAAUUAAGCAUGUUACUCUUCGGCCAAAUUGAUGUGGAGUAAAUUUUCUCAAGUAAGCAGAGACAAGUACUGUUGUCUGUCUCUAAUUACAUGGUUUUUUAUUUCUUCUGUAUUUUAAUUCAUUAUCAGAACUAUCCUACUGGUACUGUUUGUUUGCUACAAACUCUUAAAUUCAUGUUAUAUUUGCAGAACAUUUGUGCAUCAGUCUUCACACAUUUGUUUGUUUCUAAUAUUUCAUACGGAAGCAAAAAAUUAUCCUUGCACAGAACACAGUAGACAUCUAUAUAUAUACAUGGAUAUAGUUGCAAAAGUGGAUCCCCCCCCCAACUAUUAACUUUGUGAUUGAAAAAUUAAUGUGUUUGAGAAUAAUUUAAAGUGA